AAAGUUGUAGAUUUAAUUAUACAUUAUGUUGAAUAUACAUAUUCACGUUUUAAAAAAACUGAGUUUGAAAAAUCAUGUGGUUGUAAAAUUGUUGAAUUUAAUAGUCAAGUAUUUGGAAUUUAUGCUAAAAUCAAAAAUCAGUCAGAAUCUGAUUUUAUAACUGUUUUGUGGAAAACACUUUAUUUAGAUCAUACAACUGUUUGGUGGAAAAGACUUCAUUUAGAUCAUUAUGAUAAAUUUUUUGGGGAUAUUAAAUGGAAUGUUUGUUAUAAUAUUAUGAUUUGUUAUUAUGAUGAUAAAGAUGAUAUAUAUUCUACUAGACAAGUAAAGAGUGCGAAUGUUGGAGAUGUAUUUAGAAUUAUAGUAUCACCUUUAUUGAUUAAGGAGAAAUGUGAUAAACCAAAUAAUAGUAUUUAUAUUACAAAUGAUUCGAAUCACAAAAAUAUAAUUGGACAACUACAAGCAGUUUUAUUGGCAUGGCUCUCUUCAAAACUUGAGCCAUAUUUUUCAGGGAUAAUCACUAAAGCAUAUGAUAAGAAAAUAUUAAAAGAA